AUGAGCAAGAACGGGCAGCGGGUCGCGGACCUCGUGCGAGGAUCGCCCGAGAACAUGGCCUGCGCCGACUGCGGCGUUGCCUUGACGACGGCCUCCGAUGCGACGUGGGCAGCGAUCACCUUUGGCGCGUUCGUGUGUCUCCAGUGCGCCGGCGCCCAUCGGCAGCUCGGUGUCAACAUCUCGCGCGUCAAGUCCGUGCACAUGGACAACUGGACCGACGACGAAGUCAAAAAGAUGCUUGGGAACCGCGCAGUCAACGCGGUCUACGAGAAGCAUCUGCGACCGGACGCGAAGGCAGCGACGCGCCGGGCGCUCCAGGCCAAUGCCAUGAGCCGUGACGACUAUGUGCGCCUCAAGUACGAGACGCGCACCUUUACGACGGAAGCCGGCAAGACGUUUGAAGGGCCAAGCUCCGACAAGUCCGAGAAGCGCACUACGACCAGCGGCUCGAUCGUCGAAGUCUCCAAGCGCUUCGUCAACUACUUUGUCGUCGUCGGGCGCGGCCAAGCCGUCCUCGGCAAGCCGCUUGGAGAGAAUGCGGGCCCGAGCGAUGUCCAGUUUGUCCCGACGAUCCUCGACAGCUUCCCCGACGCCCAUGCCGACGCGCCGUUGCCGAGCCAUAUUUCGCAGUUUGCGUUUCCAGAAGGUCUGGCGCUCAGUCAAACCCACAUCACCCCCACGUUUUUUACCUUUGUCUUGACCAACGUGAGCGGUGCCAAGCUCUAUGCAUGUGCGCUCAAGUUUGUGGAAGAGCUCUCGCCUCUCGAAGUGCUCACGCUGUUUGCACCGCCGCCAGGCAACGAGAAGACCAAGGCGCCCAUCAUUCCAAAGUGGGCCCAAGAUCUCUCGGCCGGGUCGGCGUCGACCACGUCCGUCUACUCCCCCAAGUGCCUUCUACUGAUCUCGCACCAUCCGUUCUUCUCCGGCUACCGUCUUUUCCUCCAGCAGAUCUACCGGCUGUCGCUCUCGACGGCGCCCAUGCCGAUCGAGCGCUACAUUGCCAACUUUGUGUGCGAAGUGCCCAUGCCUCCGCGGGGCCGCAUCCAAGUGCAGCUUACGCUGCCCGAGCGCACGAUCUACGUUGCCCGGCCGCCGAAGAACCAACUGCCACUGGCCGAUUUCUCCCUUCGGUCGCUCUUUCAAGUGCUCGACAUGAACAACGUCUUGACCGUCGUGUCGUGUCUCUUGCUCGAACAAAAAGUGGCGCUGUGCUCCAAGCAUCUCGCGCUACUGACACCGAUCGCGGAGACCCUCUUGACGCUGCUCUUUCCGCUGGCGUGGCAAGGCGCGUAUAUCCCCGUGCUUCCGUCGUCGCUCUUGGACGUGAUUGACGCACCCGUGCCGUUCCUUGUCGGCGUGCAUUCCAAGUACCUCGCGACUGCAAGUCGCUCGACCGAUGUCUUUUUCAUCGACCUGGACCAUAAUCGCGUCAUUCCACCGCGCAACGAAGACGGCAUUGAAACCGUGCUGCCCAAGAUGCCCGAGCGCGCCGCGACGAAACUCAAAGUCAAACUCCAAAACUGCGCCAAUGUGUUUGAUCCAUUUGCGCCUGACAUUGCCAAGGCCGACUGGGCGUUUGGCGGCGACGAAUGCCUCGAGCCGAUCACCGAUUUCGCGUCGUCGGGCAUGACGCUGCCCAUGCCAAGCGACGUCGUGUCCAGCCGCAGGGGUAGCCUUGGCGACAAGCGCACGCUCUCUGCUGCGUCGGCUGCGUCCCUCGCAGCGUCGUCGUCUCUCUCCAGCAGCCUGCACUUCAGCUCCUUCAAGCUUCUCUCGCAUACGAGCUCGUCGGCGUCAAUGCUGGAGCGCGAUCGGUCGUUGUCGUCGUCGUCAAGUGUCGACAGUCUCAUGCUACCGACACCGGCGCUCGGAGGUGGGUUUGUGCAAGACCAAGUCCGGCAGUCGUUCUUGCGCUUCUUCAUUUCAAUGUUGAAGCGCUACGCGUUCUACUUGCAGCAAGACCAACACGGCGCCCAUCUUUGA